AUGUCUGACAAUACUGAGCCCGCAAUCUCUCGGAAACUUAAAGCUUGGCUGGUUUCAACCAUUUCUGAAUCCAUCCCCAAGGCGUUAGCAGCCUUCCAUGAAAAGACUCCUGGCGAAGUCAAUCCCACCGCACAUUUACUCUCUGACUCAGAGGACUCUCAGCCCUUGGAUCAGGAG